UGCCUCAAGCUCGAAACCUUCUCUCUGCCAUGACGAAGAAAUAAGUUACUCAUUUGAAGAAUUGGAUUUAAGCUUUGGUUCUUUUACUCCUGGGGAGAUUCUCAACAUCAUCAGGUCAUCCCGUUCUUCUAAUAUGAAAAAAACGAAUGCGUUUGUAAGGAUGGCUAAAAUGCAGAAAGGGUCAGUGGAAUUGCUGAAAAGGAUCGUGUACGAAGAUCCAAUGCAGUGGCAAGAGAUUCUUGAUGAGAUUCUUGAAUGCAUUCUUGAGGAGAUCACAAAUGAAUAUGGACACCAUCUCUUCCUAAUGAUUCUUGAGCGUUGCGAUUUACAUCAGUUUCAAACAAUCAUUGACACCCUGGAAUUAAAUGAGGCCUUGCUUAUCAAUGCAUCCUUUAUGAAACAUGGUUCAAUUGCAAUUCAAGGGUUCAUCAAGAAACUAAAACUUAAAGGGUUAGCCCAUUCUAUUACCUCACUUCUAUCCAAAAGAUUUGUCGAGCUGAUGACAAGUGAACACGGCAGAUAUCUAGUUCUGCAGUGCAUAUACACUUUUGGAGCUAAAGAAAAUGAGGUCCAUUGUUUUGGAGAAUGCUCUGGCACUUAAUGACGAAGAAGCUAUACACAAAAUAUGUGAUCGCCUCAAGAUGGAGUUCAUAAACCUGCCUAGGAGAGGGAGUGGUAGUCUUGUUCAGACAUGCACACGGGCAUCAAAAUAUGGAAUGAAAUCUGUUGUUGAGAGCCUUCUGCAGGCCAGUGAAAAUACACUUCUGGAACUUGCCAGUGAGAGAUUUGGAACCUAUGUAAUCCAAGUAGCACUUAUACUAACAAGGACUCAUGACGUCGAGCUUUAUGAAUUGCUUGCCGCAUCCCUUAAGCCACUUAACUUUGCUCUUUCUUUAACCAAAUAUGGGACACAAGUAAAUCUUAUGAUGGAAGCGUUGUGAAGCCGGUUUCGCAGACAAUUUAAUUUUGAGAAGGAAGCCAGCCAACCAUGUCUGAUCUAUUUCUCUUGUCAAUUUUGAAAUGUCACUGCAAAAAAUGUGUUUGAAAAUUGCAGCUUAUUGUUAAAAAUUUCAUAUCCAAAGCCAAAGAGAAGAGAGAGGGUGGAAUAUUGGAACAGCCACAAGAGGAGCAGUUUUGUGAUCUCGUUCUUGUGUUCUUUUAAUCUCUUUCAAUGUUUAAUUCAUUUGGGUCUUUAGGGGGUGACUCAUUCUUGAAUUUGUUUUGAGUAAGACGAUGAUUGAUGGAUGUACAUAGUUCUUUCUGAUUUUGCUACUGAUUUGAUCGUUCUGUCAGACUCGACUAUGAAUUUAUCAGUGUGGAUAAUAAGCAUGUGAUUUUUACCUUUAA